AUGCACGCGACGCGCUCAUGGGACGCGCACGAGCAGUCGGAAGGCCCCUCGCCGCUCAAGAUGCUCCGCGGCUACCUUCUCCGCUUGCGCCACGCCGGCCCGCUGCCCGCGCGCCUUGACCCCUACCGGCGGGGGUGUGCGCCGGGGGGGGUGGCGGGCGGAAUGUGGGGGACGGUGAGGGGAGAGGGAGGCGGAGGGGCCGGGGAAGACGGGGGAGGGGGGGAGGCGUGGGGAGAGGACGUCGUGGGGCUGUUUCGGCAGCUGCAUGAGGAACAUGCGAGGAACAUUCCUCUGGACGUGCUCUCGCCCGGUGAGGCGGACAGCCCUGCCGCGCUGGACGUGCGGGCGAUGCACUUCAGAUGCCAUGCUGCACGCACUCUGUCGCUCACGCCUCCUGCGCCCCCCUUCCCCUCGCGUGUGUGGCGUGCCCACUGCACUGCAUGCAGGCCCGUGGCGGACAGCCCUGCAGCGCUGGGCGUGCGCGCGCUGUACCGCAAGAUGGUGUGCUCUCAGCGCGGGGGCUCGUGCUUCCAGGUGAGGGGGCUCGUGCUUCCAGCUUGCAACACUCCUUCCCGCUUGCACCUACGCCCUCGUCCUGUUCACCCACGCCACACCGCAGGGCCUUCCAACGUGCUGUUGGCGUGGGUGCUCCGCCACCACCUCGCCUGCCAGGUCGACCUCCUUCCCGCCCUCUCCUGCCACUCGCCACACUCGCCCCGCCACCACCACUCCCCUCCGUCCUCCUCCUGUCGCUCCUCUCGUCAACCACCUGUACCGGCUGCUACUUUGAAUGCUGCCUCCCCUGCAGCGGCGCCAUCGUCAGAUCAUGCGGCUGCCUGCGUGGCUCGCCUCUCAUCUCCUGCUGACUCAGCGCAGCAGCCUGUCCAGUCAGCUCGUGCAGCUGCCUCAUCAGCAAGUGCAGAGCUGGCAGAUCAUAUGUGUCUGCUGGUGCACAUCAACGGCAUGGCAUGGCUCGCUGACGUCAGCACGCCCUGCUGCCCCAGCAGCCUUUUGCCCCACCCCAUGUUCCUGGAGCCACUGCUCUUCCAACCCGCCAUCCACCAGGCAGGCCCCUCCUUCCCCUCGCCUCCCAUCUCCAUUCAUUACACACGUCCCUCCAUUCCUUGCUGUGAUGUGAUGUGCGAUUCCCACUCCCACCCAUUCUCUCUCCUCACCCAAGCGUUUCCUCUCCAUGCCACCUCUCUAUCCCACCACCCCUCUCCCCCACAGCACCAGGACGCGGGGGUGUACCGCAUAUCCCCAUGCGCCCCGCCCCACCCGCCAGCACCUGCCGGUGCAGCCCCUUGGGUGCGUGGACGAGGUGCGGGGGCUGUCAGUGUGGCGCCUGCAUGCACAGCAGACGGCUGGGAGAAGCCAGUUGCAGCAGUAGCAGCAGCGGACAGGGGCAGGGAGGGAUGGAGGGCAGUAGAAAGAGGCGUGCAGGGGUGGGCAGUGGAGCACGUAGAGGCAGGAAUGGAUGGGCGCAUGGGUGAGAGGAGUGCUGGCGGGGAGGCACAUUCAGAUUCAGACCCCGAUGAUGAUGAUGACUUCUACACGGAGGGUGUGCGUGGCCACGGGACACCGUGCCCACCGCGGCUCACGCAUGCUGCAGGAGGACAGGCAGCAUCAGCAGCAGCGGUGAGGGCAGGCGAGCAGUGGUAUGUGGUGGAGCGGCUGUGCCGCGUGGGGCCCAGUGAAGCAGGCGAGAGAUGGGCAGCAGCAGAUGGCAAGCAGGCAGCAUGGGGGAAGGCCGCUUGUGAGGAGGAGGCGCAGUGGCAGCCGCUGUAUCGCUUCUCCUCGUGGCCGCAUGACACAGCUCACUUCCUCCAGUGCAUGCGCCAUGCCUCGCCCCUGGGCGGGCCGCGUGUUGCGGUGCGCGUGUGCAGCGAGGGGGAGAGGGAGGUGGAGGGCAGGGGGGUGAUUCGCGAGAUGAUCCGCGACCGCCACUUGCUGCUGCUGGAUGGCGAGGGGCGCGUGCAGAGUCAGCAGCAGCUGGCAACAGACGAGGAGUUCGAUGCGGUGGUGAGGGGCCGGUUUGGCAUUCGGCUGGGGGCAGAUGAUGUGAGGGCCAUGCCUCCUGUGCCCAGGGAGCCGCCACUUGGCGACGUGUGGUUGGCCAGCGAGUGGUGA